GCCUCGUGGCAGAAACUGCGUGUACGCUGGCUUCCUUCAGCUGCAUAUGUGAUUACUAGUCCUACAGUGGAGCGACUGAUAGGGCGGCACAGCGGCGGAAAAUAUUGGGGUUUAGUGCCGCUGCGAAAUGGCUGGGCAGCAGUUUCAGUACGACGACAGUGGCAACACUUUUUUCUAUUUCCUCACGUCUUUUGUGGGACUAAUAGUUAUCCCAGCCACCUAUUACCUCUGGCCUCGGGAUCAGAAUGCGGAGCAAUUACGGUUGAAGUCUUUACGAAGAGUUCAUGGAAGAUGUCUGUGGUAUCGCCUUCGGCUUAUGAAAUCACAGCAGAGCAUCGUUCCAACAAUAAAAAAAGCAGCCCUGUUGUUUGGGUGGGCAGUAUUUCUUCUCCUGGCUUAUAAGGUGUCUAAAUUAGAUCGAGAGUACCAGGAAUAUAACCCCUAUGAGGUCCUCAACCUGGAAGCAGGGGCAUCUGUCGCUGAGAUUAAGAAGCAGUACAGAGUGCUGUCUCUAAAACACCAUCCUGAUAAAGGAGGAGAUGAGGCCACGUUCAUGAAGCUUGCUAAAGCUUACUCAGCAUUGACUAAUGAGGAAUCACGGAGGAACUGGGAGACUUACGGCAACCCUGAUGGCCCCAGAGUCACAAGUUUUGGAAUCGCUCUUCCUGCGUGGAUUGUCGACCAGAAAAAUUCUAUGCUGGUGCUGCUGGUCUAUGGAUUAGCUUUUAUGGUCAUACUUCCUGUGGUUGUGGGUACGUGGUGGUACCGUUCCAUACGCUACAGUGGUGAUCAGAUCCUGAUCAACACAACCCAGCUUUUCAUGCACUUUAUGUACAAAACACCUACGAUGAACAUGAAACGAUUGGGAAUGGUGUUGACAGCAGCGUUUGAGUUUGAUCCUCGUAGCAACAAAGAAGCUAUUAUAAGACCAACAGACAACAUAGAAGUUCCCCAGUUGAUUCGGGAGCUGGGAAACAUUAAUGUUAAGAAGAAGGAGCCUCCAUUUUGCUAUCCAUACAGUCUUAAGGCACGAGUCUUAUUACUUACACACCUUGCUAGGAUGGAGGUUUCUGAGAAUAUAGAGGAGGAUCAAAGGUUUGUAAUGAAGAAGUGUCCUGCCUUACUACAGGAAAUGAUCAAUGUUGGCUGUCAACUUACCAUGAUGGCAACCAGUAGAGGAGGCCUUCGGGCUCCCAGGCUGACAUCCAUAGAGAACUGCAUGAAGCUCUCUCAGAUGGUGGUUCAGGGUCUACAGGAGGCCAAGUCUCCUCUCUUGCAGUUGCCUCAUUUUGAAGAGGAGCAUCUCCGAUACUGCAUCUCUAAAAAGUAUAAGGUGCGGACGCUGCAGGAUCUGGUGAGCCUUAAGGACUCUGACAGAAGGAACAUGUUGAGGUUCCUCGGAGAGGAGAAAUAUGAUGAGGUCAUGGCUGUCCUCGGCAGCUUCCCUUACCUCCACAUGGAAAGCAAACUUCAAGUGCUGGAUGAUGAAGACAGCCAUAACAUCACGGCAGGCUCCAUCGUCACUGUUACAGUCACCUUGACGAGGAAGAGGAUGUCUGAGAUGUUCGAGAAGGAGGAGACCCCACAGUUGCCUGCAGAAGAAGCUAAUACAGAGGAGCAAGGUGAUGCCAAAAACAAAGUAAAAGUUUGGCAAAACAAGAAUAAAGGAGCUAAAAAAUCAGCCAAGUCCAAAAAGAAAAAACUGACGAAGAAGAAACCAGUCACACAACCGCAAGUAAAGGGAGACAAGACCAAACAGGCCAAUGGCAAUGUGGCAGGAAAUGAAGUUGUUGCUGCUUCAAAAGAGGAAGAGGAGGAACUCUCUGAUAAAGGCAGCGAAUCGGACGAGCCAGAGGGAAACAAGGACUCGCCCAGUGAAAGAGACGAGGAGAGUGACAAGCAGAGUGACACUGAGGGGGAUGAGAUAGCGGGAGAUGAUGAGGAGGAAUGGGAGGCCCUGCAACAGAGCAUUCAACGCCGAGAGAGGGCGUUACUGGAGACCAAGUCAAAAAUCACACAUCCUGUCUACAGCUUGUACUUCCCUGAAGAGAAGCAGGAGUGGUGGUGGCUCUAUAUCGCUGAUAGGAAGGAGCAGACGCUAGUGUCUAUGCCCAACCAUGUGUGCACGCUCAGAGAUACAGAGGAGGUUGAACUGAAAUUCCCCGCUCCGUCCAAAACUGGAAACUAUCAAUAUUCUGUGAUCCUCAGAUCAGAUUCUUACAUGGGAUUAGAUCAGAUCAAGCCGCUUAAGCUGGAGGUUCAUGAAGCCAAGGCUAUAAUGGAUAACCACCCACAGUGGGAUAUCCCAGAAACUGAGGAAGAGGAGGAUGACCAAGAGGACAGUGAUGGUAUUGAAGAGUCUGAGGAAGAUGACGAAGACAACGACUAAAUCAGUCAAUUCAUAUAAACUUGAGCACAGCUCAGACACCCAUGUGCCCACUUAUAUACACACACACACACACACGCACAUACAUGUAUAGCCCCAGACCUUUGACGUCUUUUGUGUCUUCUUCUGGGUCUCCACACGCAGGAGGAUGCUGAUGCCCCAUGUUCCUGUUUAAAACACACGAAUCACAGAUCUGUCUGAACCUCUUCAUUGAAUCAUAAGACUUGAGGAACUAUUGCUUAUUUUUCCCCACAUUCAUCCGGUCAUUAUCAGUGGGUUGUCAGAAUGGUUGUUUGUGGGGUCCAGCCGUGUCUCAGAUUUCUCACCAUUUCACAAAAGGUGUUUGACCAACCAACACGUCAAAAAAUAAAAACCAGGUUAGAGCUGAAAAAUCGCACACCUCACGACUGUCAUUUUUCAGUGUCUGAUGAUACUUCAAGGGUAUUUUCUACCUUAUUUUGUAGUUUUGUGUAGAUUAGAGUUCAGAUUUACCAGGUGUUUCCACUUUUUAUGAGGCUGCUGUGUGAAGUAUAAUCUGGAGUGAACCACAUAUGGCGCUUUUCCAUUGGAUAGUUCGGUUCGUACAGCUCACUUUUGGAGGUUUUAAGUUAACUUCCACUUGUACCUAUUAUUUUUUUAUAUGUGCACCACCAAGCAAACCAAGUAAUGUCAUCAUCUGUGCUUUGUUGUACAAAUAUUCAAACUCCCUUUUAGCGGUGAAAAACAUCCGUAUGCUGAGAAUCAAAACACCAUUCCAUUGAUGAUUGAACACCAUUCCAACUCCUGUGUUGUGCAUUUGUUUGUAUCGCUUUUAUCCCAUAAUCCCAUCCACUCUAAAGCGGCACUAAACUGCAAUGGAAAAGCAAACCGAGCCAAAGUAAAGCUAGCCUAUCCCAGCGGUACCGAGCCACGUCGUACCACACAAUGGAAAAGCGCCAAUAGACACGUGUGUAUGUACCGAGCUUUAGCGAAAAUGGGGUAUGGGGCUGCUGUGGCUUGCUUUUCAGUUUGUCUCUGUUCAUGAAUUCUGGAAGUAUUUACAUUUAUGCAUUCGGUAGACUUUUAUAAGCAUACGUGUUCCCUGUGUUUCAAACCCACAACUUUGGCGCUGCUAAUGUAAUGCUCAUACAGUUGAGCUACAGGAACACUAUUGAAGUGCUACCGUGUUGCGAAUCACCAUCCAGCUUCUUGUCACAAAUGCAGGUUUUGAGCUUUGCUAAAUAAUGACUGCAGACAUUUCACAUCUUCAGCUUAGUCUGAUUUAACUCCUUAAGCUAGAAGUGCUAUCCUGCUGUUCCACGCAUAACCGGAUAAAUAUCAUGCUGCUUUCACAGCACAAUAUAACCACAUGGCCUGAGUUCAUUUUGAUUCUUUUCAGUCACCCUCCCAUGCCAUUUAUUUAUCCAGUUUUUUUUUAUUGGAAAUCCCCACUGCAACAGUUACAAAGACACAUUGUUUGUAGCAUGAAUGUAGUACAUGCCUUUUUAGCAAUUACACGAAUUUGUUCCUCUGGCCGUAGGCCGAAAAGGUGAAAAUUUUACCCAAAAAAUUAUAAUGGAUAUGGGACAAAUGCAUCUAUAUUGUUUCACGGUUUCCCUGGAAUUGUACGCCACAUAGUUAAGUUGUGUAUUUUUUUUUUAAUAUAGGCUAUAUAUUAGUCUUACAUUCCACUUUCAAUGCAAACUAAAAGUUUUUUCACUGUCACAUUUUUAAGUGGCCACAAUAAAGCGCCAACAUCUUUUGAAUUUGGUUUGUAAAACAAUUACAUCAAUAUGAGUUAAGGGAAUAAUUAGGGUUCGGGUUUAUCUUAAAAGUCUCACUUUAUUUUUGUGGGGUGAAAGGUGGCAGUAUGGGUCAAAAAUGUAAAAAAAAAAAAAAUCACCCAAUUUGUUAUGUUCCUUUGCACAGAUAAAAGGUCUGUUUAAGGCGAUGAAGUAGUGACUGUGAAAAGUCUUAGUCUGUACUAUUCUUUCUUCAAGCAGAUGGGUUAACCAGUGAACAUAUUUGAAAUGUAUGUUGUUGAUUUUUACAUAUGCUGUUAAUCACAGGAAAUUGAAUUUACUUGUUUUUUUGUCAGUAGUUAAUUCAUGUAUUUUAUAGGUCUAUUUGGGAAACUUUAAAGUUUUAAUAGAAAUUUAAUAUUAUUUUACCUUUCCCCCUCUUUCAUUAUUAUAAACCUAAUGCAUUUCUUGGUAAUAGAGGAAAAGUGUCAUAUUCUGGCUGCAUGUAUCACACUCAUUCACAACCAGUUUUAUAAAAUGGUAAAGGUUUUACAGAUAAAUAGACAUUUUAGUAUUAUAGCUCCAAAAUAAAGAAUGUAGCCUCAGAAUUUAUGCUGUGACUCCAGUGCACAGAAAAAGAGAAAUCAAGUCUUCACGUACAAAAAACCUCACUGGCCAGAAAAAAGGGUGAAUUGCCUAGUAAACAGUAUCUGCCACUUUUGUUUACAAGAAAACUGUCAUUGUAAAUGGAAAAUAUAUAUUAUUUGUAUUUAAAUUUUUCGAAUAAAAUAACUUUUCAAAAGA